AUGGAGCAUCUAAAAACUCUUGGACUAAGCGAACAAAAGAUAAAGGAAACUCUUAAAAAUACGACUCUUACCGCAACGGUGAAUCGUGCGUUUUCCUAUCUUCCGUUAGAUGUCGAGCUAAACGCGACUCAAAAAUCAUUAUUGUUCCAAGCUUGUUCAAAGAUCAAGCCUCAGAGUGCUCAAUUUCUAGAGCUGAUAGUACGAAAAAUUGUGCUGCUUAAACUCGAUACCAGCUUGCGAGUGGACGCUGCGCUUGAAUAUGUUUUGGCCAAUGUCACGAAACCCACCUUCGACGAAGCUGCCUUUGAUGCGGCUUGUGGAGUUGGAGUAGUUGUUACACCCGAAGAAAUCGAACGAGCGGUAGAAACCGCAAUCGGUAAAUAUCGAGACGAUAUUGUUCUCCAGCGAUACCGAUUCAACGUAGGCAAGCUUCUAACGGAAAUAAGGGCUGCUCUACCUUGGGUCGAUGGAAAGGCGCUCAAAAGUGAAGUUGAUGUGCAAAUAUUUGAUUUACUGGGCCCUAAAACAGAAGCUGAUGCAGGGCAAACCUCUAAAAAACGUGCUGUUAAACCACUACCCGAUCCGAAUGGUGCUGCAAAGGCAGCUGUUACGUUACAAUCGAUUAAUGAUCGAUUCGAGGGUCCACGAACGAUGGUAGAUCUAAUGCGAAACGUCGACUUCCAUCGACCCGGAGAAAACUAUAAAACUGACGGUUAUUUUGUCACGCCAAAUACUGAACGCUUAUUGAAAGAGCACCUGAAGCGAACCGGCGGCAAGGUUCGAACUCGAUUCCCACCAGAGCCAAAUGGUAUCUUGCAUAUUGGUCACGCGAAAGCUAUCAAUAUAAAUUUUGCAUACGCGGCAGCAAAUGACGGAGUCUGUUUCCUGCGAUACGACGACACUAAUCCGGAAAAGGAGGAGGAGAAAUUUGUUCAGGGCAUUCGAGACAUUGUCAGUUGGCUCGGAUAUAAUCCUUACAAGAUCACCUACUCAUCGGAUUAUUUCCAACAACUCUUUGAAUUUGCUGUGCAACUAAUCAAGAACAAUAUGGCAUAUGUAUGCCAUCAAACGGCGGAACAAAUGAAGGGUUUCACUACGGAACCGUCCAAAUGGCGUGACCGUCCGGUUGAGGAAAGUCUUCAACUGUUUGAAGAUAUGAAAAAUGGUAAAAUCGACGAAGGCGCUGCCACGUUGCGAAUGAAGAUCACCCUCGAAGAAGGAAAGAUGGAUCCGGUGGCCUAUAGGAUCAAGUUCAUUCCUCACCAUCGUACUGGGACUCAAUGGUGCAUCUAUCCGACGUAUGAUUACACGCACUGUUUGUGUGACAGUUUAGAGGAUAUAACACACUCACUGUGUACGAAGGAAUUCCAAUCAAGACGUUCUUCGUACUACUGGCUGUGCAAUGCGCUCGGUAUCUACUGUCCUGUCCAGUGGGAGUAUGCCCGACUCAACGUGAACUACACGGUCGUAUCAAAGCGAAAAAUCAAUAAUCUCAUCACGGAAAAUAUUGUUAGCGAUUGGGAUGAUCCAAGGCUGUUCACUUUGUCUGCUUUGCGCCGCAAAGGCUACCCAGCCGAAGCAAUAAAUAAUUUCUGUGCACAGAUGGGUUUAACAGGAGCACAAACUACCAUCGAUCCCGCCGCCCUCGAAGCUUCUGUCAGAGAUGUGCUGAAUUUGACUGCUCCCCGGACGAUGGUAGUUUUGGACCCUCUUAAAAUCAAAUUGGUGGGUUAUCCUCAUGAUGGUCCAAUUAAAUUGUCAGUACCAGAUUAUCCUAAUCAACCGGAAAAAGGUGCACACGAGGUCUGGUUCGAUCAGGUCGUUUAUAUCGAACGUUCAGAUUUUCUGGAAAAUGCGGAUAAGUCGUUCCGUCGUUUGACUCCGGGACAAACGGUUGGCCUAAAAUACACCGGAUUUAUGCUACGACUCGAGAACGUGGUGAAAAAACAGGACAUUAUUGAGGAACUUAUCUGUCGUGUUGAAACUUGUUCAGGAACAGAAAAACCCAAAGCUUACAUCCAUUGGGUGGCCAAACCGUUGGUAGUUGAGGUUCGCUUGUAUGAAAAAUUAUUUAUGCACAAAAAUCCGGAGGACACUAACGAUGUUCCUAAUGGAUUUUUAAGCGAUUGCGCCACGGAUACAAUCCGAUCAGUUUGUGGAUAUGUUGAUACAUAUAUGGCCAACAGCAAGGUGUACGACAAGUACCAGUUUGAGCGCGUGGGUUUUUUCUCCGUAGACCCAGACAGUACCGUUGGUCAGCUCGUUUUUAACCGUACCGUUACUCUAAAAGAGGAUACAAGUAAAAUAAAUUAAUGCAAUCGAACGUCACAGGCUCAU